AUGAAUUCGAGAGAGAUGGUUUUGGUUUCAACGGCGACUCUGUUCGGCGCAUUUGCUUCUGCAAUGGCGAUGCGCUUCUUCUUCAACCCUAAGAAACAUCUCUGCUCGACAAUCAAUUCGGAGUCAAACGGCGUCGUUGGGAGGAAAAAUUCUACUCAAAGCCCCUUCGAUCCUUCCAAACGCAAAGGGUAUUUAUCAUGGGAUGACUAUUUCAUGGCAAUCGCAUUUCUAUCUGCUGAGCGGUCCAAGGAUCCUAACAGGCAGGUAGGUGCAUGCUUGGUGAGUCAAAAUGGAAUAAUCCUUGGCAUCGGCUACAAUGGAUUCCCACGUGGUUGUUCAGAUGACAAGCUUCCCUGGUCGAAGAAAUCCAAGAAUGGGGACCCUUUGGAGACAAAGUAUCCUUAUGUUUGCCAUGCUGAAGUUAAUGCUAUCCUGAACACAAAUCAUGCAUCUGCAGCAGGGCAGAGACUUUAUGUGACAAUGUUUCCUUGCAAUGAAUGUGCCAAGAUAAUUAUUCAGUCAGGUGUUUCUGAAGUUAUCUAUUUUGUAGAGAAGAGAUUGGGCAAUUCAGAAGCUGCCUAUGCCGCUUCUCACAAACUUCUAUCAAUGGCAGGUGUAAAAGUUAGGAAACAUCAGCCACAGAUGAGUCAGAUUCUAAUCAAGUUCGAGGGGCCCUAG